CCACGUUGUCUUCCGUUUGCUGCCGUCGUCGUCGACUUUUUCAUGGCUAAUGUGUUCCGCAGGCUGCCGCUGCUGCUCCUCGUUGUGCUGUUGCUGCUCCUCGUGGUUCUCUUCCGCGUGUGUAUCCUUGGGAACAUGCCGCCGCGUCGACGCAAAACAAGGUCUUCGAUGAAGGACGCCAGGAUGGAGGCACGGCAGGCGAUCCCCCAGUUCGGUGGGGAGCAGGUCGGAGGGAGGCGGUGCGGUGGGAGCCUGUCGACCGUUGGCCGGGCCUCCCAGCGGGUUGGGUGUGAUGCAUUCCCACCGCACUUGCAACCACUCCCCGGCUCAUCGGACGAGGAGGAGGAGGUGGAGAGAUGGCCACAAACCGUGUCGUUGGGCUGCGGAUCAAUGCAGGAAUGGUCAGCCACGGAGCUGUGCGGGACGGGCGGCGACGUGUACGAGCAGUCGUUCACUCAACUCCUUCGGCCUGGCCUUGGCGAAGACGAAGGAGAUGGCCGCGUCAACCUGUCGUUUGGUUUGUCCACCGGGCGGUCUACAACUCCAUCACACACAGUGCUCGUGCGACCCCACCCCGGCGACGAAGGCGGGCAAUUGACAGCUGUUGAUCGAUCAGCGAGGACGAGGGCGUUGGCGAGUGAGAUGGCGGGAGCGAACCGGAACUCGUCGACGGCCCAACCACGGGCGGCCUCUUUGUCCAAGGGCGCCCAGGGUCGGCCGGAGUGGAUGCAGUUGCCAUCUCCCCUGUCUGCGGCGUCGGAAGUGGCACGAGGCCGUGGCGUCGGAGUCGACGGCGGGACCGACUUCUUGGAUGUUGGUGAUGGUCGCGACGGGAGGGAGGUGUGGAGGGACCUGCGGCGGGAUCACCGGCUGCGGCGAGAGGAAUACAUCACACGUGGGGUGGAGCGUCUUCACGUGGGAGACUGGGAGAACGAGAACGAGACGGACGAUCCACGGGCGGAAGCAGACGACGACGACGACGAAGACAACGACGUAGAGUGUGGGAAAGGGGGGGGUGGUCACGCGUCGCCAUCGUUGCAGACCGGCAUGGCUGGUAAGGGUGGGAAGUCCAAGCCUUCCGGCCGCAAUGCUCGUUCGCGGGCGAAAAAAGGGCAGGGAAAGGGGAGCGGUGGCGAAGGCGACGGUGAUGCGGAGGAGAAGCGCAACUUCUGGUCCGUGGAACACAUUAUAGCCCUCAUAAGGGCUAAACGUGACCAAGAUGCGCAUGUGCAGGGGAUGGGGCACGCAUACGCACGAAUGAAACCGCGAGAAUGGAAAUGGCAAGACGUCGCCCAAAGGUUGAAGAACGUCGGCGUGUACAGGAAUGCGGAGAAAUGCGGGAAGAAGUGGGACAAUCUAAUGCAGCAGUUCAAGAAAGUUCAUCACUUUCAAUCACCAUCAGGGGGUGCCGACUUUUUCCAGUUGACGUCGAAGGAGAGGGCGAGCAGGGGCUUCAAUUUCACGAUGGAUCGCUCAGUUUAUGACGAGAUAGAGGGGUCGACUGGGAUGAACCACACCAUCCACCUGAGGAACGUGGCAGACACUGGUGCGCCUGGCGGCGUGCGCCCGCCUUCGACGUCUUACGUGGAUCCUGACUCGGUGGCGGACGGGGAAGGUGGUGCAGGGCGAGAAGACGACGAGGAGGGGUCGAUGUGAGGCUCUUCGCAAACGACGGGCACCCUCGGCGGUUCUGGGAAAAGGAAGAACACGAGGCAGCAGACUUUCGAGG